AUGACAUUUUGUUGCAACUCAUUUUUGUUUACGAAAAUUUCUCGUAAAUUAAGAGUAAAUUCGAUUCAAAACCUUUCAGUUAAGAAGUUUAAUCGACCUAAAAUAAACACUUCCGUAUAUCGUUUUGUUUCAAACAUUAAGGACGAUAAUAAGUUUCCGGCAAGUGAAGAAAAGUAUAAGGAAACUCUACCAACUUAUUCUUCUUUGCUUGACACCUAUCUUCCCUCUAAACUUGUACCUUAUGCACUUCUAGCUCGUUUAGAUAAACCCAUAGGAACAUGGCUUCUAUAUCUACCAUGCACAUGGAGUAUUACCAUGGCAACAUAUCAUGCCCAAUUGCCAGUUUCACAAACGAUAUAUACGUUGGCAUUAUUUGGUGUUGGGGCUUUUAUUAUGAGAGGGGCAGGAUGUACGAUAAAUGAUAUGUGGGAUAGAAAAAUUGAUAGUAAAGUUGAACGAACAGCAAAUCGACCCCUUGCUUCAGGAGUUGUAAAACCUUUCCAGGCAUUAACCUUCUUGGGAAUUCAAUUAUCAGCAGGAUUAGCCGUAUUGACUCAAUUCAAUUGGUAUAGUAUCUUUCUUGGAGCGACUUCUCUGAGUAUGGUGACGUUAUAUCCACUUAUGAAACGCGUCACGUUUUGGCCGCAAUUGUACCUGGGACUGGCUUUUAAUUGGGGAGCUUUGUUAGGAUGGCCUGCGAUGAUUGGCAGUAGCGAGUGGUCUGUCACGCUUCCAUUAUAUACAGCAGGAGUUUGUUGGACGUUAAUAUAUGACACCAUAUACGCUCAUCAGGACAAAAAAUUUGAUCUCAUGGUUGGCGUAAAGUCGACUGCUCUGCUUUUUGGAGACAAGACGCGACAUUGGCUCACGUUUUUUUCGGGUUCAAUGUUAUCCUUUCUAACGUUAGCUGGAUAUAUGAAUGGAAAUGAUUAUCCGUUUUAUAUUAUUUCGGUAAUGGGAGCUGGGUCGCACCUUGCCUGGCAGCUUCGGACCGUCAACUUUGAUGAUGUCUCCGAUUGUGGUCGGAAAUUUCGUAGUAAUAAAUGGACCGGGGCUAUAGUGCUUUCAGGAAUUGUGGCUGAUACCAUUUGGAAAAAUUUAAAUACUGUAAAUUAA